AUGGCUUACGGUCGUGCUCCUCGCGCUGAGCGAGCGGAGGCGAAGAGCCUCUUUGACACCUUCAAGGUGCGCGAGUUUGUCCUAUGCUUUCGUGACAUCCCGUUGUCGCUUCCCGUCCACCAAGUGUUGCGAAUGCUUGAGGUGCAGCUCUUGGGAAGACUGCGCGACGGCAACAGAUUAGAAAAGCUGCAUGCAGAGGCGUCGCAGCUGGUUCUGGCCAGAGCAGGGAUGACGAUAGUGGAUGAUGUGCACGGAGAGAUUCGGACGGUGCAGAUCGCACGUGGACGAAAUGCAGGAAUUCAAGCAUCCCAGUUCCUCACAACCGCACAGCUUGCUGCACAGGAGUGUGCGGGGAAGGGCAGCAUUUCCAAUCCUCUGACAUGGUCCCCUGAGGAGCCGAGUUCGGUUGAUUUUGCAGCACCAUUUACCAAUCCUGAUGGAAAGCCACAGAUCUACAAUCUGGCAUCUGGAGAUGUGCACCUUUUCAAAGAAUUCCUCGGGGCGCCUUUCAAGCAGUUGGAUCCUGCAGCGGUCCAGAGGGGUGAAGUGCUUUAUGGGUUGGUGGAGGUGCAGGCAAGGCUAUGUGAGCAACUUUGGAGGGCAUACAACGGUUUGCCGCGCAGCGGUGCCGAUCUCAGGGCAGAGGCUCACACGCUCUUCGACCACCGUCAUGCUGUGCUCGGCUGGGGACAGACGUCCGGUCGCUUGGCCAACCCGACCGACGAUUUGGCCGUCCGAGCCCCGAUUCAUGGCGCACCAGAACGAAUUCGGACCGAUGGCAUGCAGAUUCUAGAGAACUUGGAGGAUCUGGUAAGGCAAGUCUACGCCGAUCAAACACAAGCAUCAGGAGGGGAGCCGGCAGCCGAAAGCUUGCGAUGGGCAUUGCAUGCUGCGCUGAAGAUCAAGAAGCACCAGCUCCUGCUAGAGUGGCAUCCUGACAAGAGACGGCAGCCUGAGGAAGCAAAGUUGAUGACACAGCUGCUCAUCCCUCUCUUCAAUCGCGUCUUCAAAGUCUUGGGCCAUGAAGCGAAGUUCGAAGCCGAGCCCUGCGACCUCGCCAAGUGCGAGGAGCUCCUGGGGCAGCUGAAGCUGCUCUUGUUCUCAGGCUCAGCAGCAGUUCUUUCUGGCACCGGAGGUGGUGCCGACUUCGUCAAGGAGCAGCUCCUCGUAAGGGAAACCUUGGAGCUCGCAUGCUUUUUGUCAAUUCGCCUGCGAGAUCUUGCCGGUUUCGAGCGGCAUGUGUCGCAGCUGAAGAUGUUCUAUGACAGACAGCAGGAGCUCCCGCCGUCUGAGCAGAAGUAUCCAAUUUUGGGCCUGUCCCUGCUGCAUCUUCUGGCCUCGGACCGCCUCGGCGAGUUCCACACCGAGUUAGAGCUCAUCCCGGUGGACGAGGCAGAAAACAUGUAUAUCAAGCAACCCGUCCAGCUGGAGCGCUACUUGAUGGAAGGGAACUAUGCUAAGGUGCUGGAAGCACAGAAGGACGUGCCGAAGAUGUACUAUGCCUUUUUCAUGGAGAGGCUGAUUGACACAGUCCGGCAAAAGGUGGGUGCGUCUCUGGAGCGUUCCUACGAGACUCUCCCUGCUCAGCAG